AUGAAAGAGCAUCAUCGUCGACGUGUCGCGGUGGUGGGCACAGGGAUGGCAGGUUUGACGGCGGCCUACCUGUUACACCAUGAUCCACAGCAACGGUUCCAAGUGCGACUAAUUGACAAGAGAGAUCAAAUUUCUCUGAGUGCGGAAUCGAUACCAAUCCCCUGCUCGGACCCAGGGGUUAGCAAAUCAGUAUGGGCCGACGUGCCGAUGCGCGCCUUUGCCGGCGGCUUCUAUCGCAAUCUCAUUCGCAUGUAUGACUAUCUGGGAGUUCGAUAUCACUCGCAACCGUUUGUUUUUAGCUUCUCUCGGCUGUCUUCGCGACGACGACAGCAGCAGCAGCAGCAGCAGCAGGAGGAAGAGCCGUAUAUGGUGCAUACUUCCAACUUCCACCAGCUGUCGCCGUUACUCCCUCGCAAGGGAGACGUUUUCCAGUGGCUUAUCGAAGCCGUAUUUGCACUUUUGUGCUAUCUGUGGUUCAUCUUGUGUUGCUUUCUUGUCACUCCGAAAGAAGAUGAAUCGUUCGACCACUAUCUUCGCCGCAUUUAUCUGCCGCAGUACUACAACGCCAAUUACCUCUUGCCGCUGAUUUCGAGCGUCUGUACUUGCUCGCACGAGGAGCUGCUCCAGUUUCCUGCAGUGGAUGUGCUCGCAUACAAGAGGCUCACUCAUCGCCAACCGCACUACGUCGUGACAGAUGGGGUCCGCGAGGUCCAGGUCACGCUCCUGCGUGGGCUAGACGUGCGGCUUGGUGUCGAGUCGACCAAAGUCACGCCGAGACCGAACGGAGUUGAACUCACGUACCGCACAGCGGACAGCAAGGCGCAGGAAACCACCGAAUCGUUCGACCUGGUUGUUCUGGCUGUAUCCCCGGACGUCGUGGCGCACAUCUUCGAGCCCUUGGCAUCUAGUCUGGGCGAGGUUCCGACGACCACGGUGAAGACGGUGGCGCAUACGGAUUUUGCCAAUCUCCCGCAGGUCGGGAUGGGAGUCAAGCCAAAAUUUUCGGUUUCCAGUGAAGCCGGAGCCCCCCAGCACAUUUAUCUCCGCUCCAACGCGUCCACCACGGAAUCAGUCCACGUGCAGCCAAACUCGGUCCUUGUCACGACAAACCCGCUAACACCUAUCCAUGAAACCAAAGUCAUUCAAUCGGCGUCAUUUACGCGCGUGCUGCGAAGUCCGCAGAGCCGGCGGCUGAUCAAUCGCGUUUUUGACAAAGAAAGCAGGCACGCUGAUUCUAAGGCAGUCAACUGGCGCAGUGGUGAUAACGGCGUGUAUCUAGCGGGAGGAUGGUGCUGGGAUGGAAUGGUGCUCUUGGAGGGAUGCAUUGUAUCAGCGAUGCGAGUGGCAGCCGACCUGGGGGUGGAAGUCCCAUGGGAAAGAUGA